AUGCCCAUCACUUUCCAAGUGACGAAUACUCCAGCCAAUGAGGUUUCAAACCUUCCUGCAUUCAGUUUAAAACAAAUAUUACCCAAAAAACAAACAAGUAACUAUGAAUUGAUUGCAAGUAGCCUUCCAAAAGUAGAUCCACGGGAUCAAGGUUCCGAUACAGAUCUUUUGUUUGUUGGGAGUAAUGCUUUUGUUUUGAGUGCCUUGAAAUGUUAUUCAUUGCAUCAUCAUUUAGUAAUAAGACCCGAUGAUGUAUGGAUCAGUAUUUGUACUCAAUUCUCCAAUUACGUGAAUGCUCAUGCUGAAGAACUGCGCGAGAUGUUUGUUGCGUUUGAAGGAAAGAAGGAAUUGAUCGUGUAUGGAAGUGGCAAUCUCUACAGUGCAGAUUAUGAGAGUUUGUGUCAAGAUAUGACCAUGCAAAUAAGCAAGAACAUUAAAGAUUCAUCGAUCAGAGAUUGGAUAAUGAAUGAUUUCAGCACCACUACAGCACUGGAUCGAAUGGUGAGUGCAGUCAUGCUCAUGUCUACCACCAAGAGUUACUUUGAUUAUAAAUUCCAUCUCUUGUGCAAUUUGCCAAGUGUCACCUUGUUAGGAGAGGUUGAAGAUUGGGUGAAGGUUCGUGAAAGAGCCAACAAAUUACUCGAGUUUAACGUAGAUGGAUGUAUUAUGGGGUGGUCACAAAAACUAUUUCCUGUUUUAGAUAAGUUGGUGGAAACUUCUAAGGGAAAUAUUGAUUGUGAUUGGUGGAAUAGGAUUGUGAAUCGUCAUGGAGGUGGAAGUGGACCAAGAUAUAUUUCUGGUUGGAUCACAGUAUUCAACGUAUUCUCAGAGAAUGGCAAAUGGUUGGGCAAUGAAGAAUCUGAUGAAUGGUACGUGAUUGAUGAUAAUGAUGUUGCUCGAGGAUAUGUCAACGUUCCUGUCACAAUCAACGACAAUGGCACCGAGCACAAGACUGAAUUAUUCGCAGGACAUUUUUGCUGUCAAAAAGGAAAAGAUAACAAGACGAUACAGCCAAGAGUUGAUUGGGCUUUGUUUGAGUUAAAAUAA